AUGCCGAUGGACUUUUCCACCUACAUAAUGCAAAUCAACGACGCGCUCAACGCUGAGAAUGGGCCAAAUCUUGCCUACCUUCUUCGGCCAACGAGCCCUCAUGGAAAAGAUCUCGUCAAGUCUCUUCGCUCUCCAACGGUGGUUUCGAUGGCACAAUACAAAGGCUGCAUAUCCAGCCCAUGGGAUGAGGUCGCCAUUCAAUACAUGUUGACCUGUACCAAUAUCGCUCAUGGGAGGUCUGCGGAGGCAUUCAAGCAGCAAUCAGCACUCGUUUCGUGA